UUCUGAUCUUCCUUUCAGGUCAUGAGGUUUGUUCUAGCACUGCUUGUUCUUCAUUUGCUGGGGCAGAAGUGCACUGCAGCACAAGCACCAGUUUGCCAGCCACAGCCAACAUGUUCUAAUUGUUUGAGGAGUCCUGGGUGUGCCUGGUGCAAGCAGAAGGAUUUCCUCAAGUUAGGAGAGUCGGCUGAACGCAGAUGUGACUCUGCUGAAUCACUAAAGACGAGGAAUUGUAACAGAAUCAAUGUAAUUGACCCCCAAGCAGACACCAUCAGUAUUAAGGACAACGGAUUUAACAGCAACAAGAACAAUGUGGUCCAACUCAAACCACAAGGCAUCAAAGUCAAGCUCAGAGUUGGUGUGCCACAUAAGUUUAAUGUGGAAUUCAAGAGAGCUGAAGGUUACCCCAUUGACCUGUACUACCUGAUGGACCUAAGCUACUCUAUGAAGGAUGAUUUAGAAAAGAUUAAGAACCUUGGCGAGGAGAUUUUAAAAAAGCUGCAAGAGGACUCCCAGACUGUCCGGAUUGGUUUUGGCUCAUUUGUUGACAAAGAGAAAUUACCCUACGUAAGCCAAGUUAGGUCCAGGCGACAAAACCCCUGCCCCACCCGCUUCGACACCUGCCAGCCUGCCUUUACUUUCCGGAAUGUUCUUCCACUCACGGACAAAGCCAAUGAGUUUAAGAGAAAAGUCAGCACGCAGAAAAUCUCUGGUAAUCUGGACUCACCUGAAGCUGGUCUAGAUGCCAUCAUGCAGGCUGCCGUGUGCCAGGAAGAAAUUAAAUGGCAAAAUGUGACACGGAUUCUGGUCUACACGUCUGAUGACACUUUCCACAUGGCUGGGGAUGGCCGACUUGCUGGUAUCUUUAAGCCACAUGAUGGACAUUGUCAUCUGAAAUCAGAUGGUUUCUAUGAUGGCAAUGCUUUUGACUAUCCAUCAGUAGGCCAACUCUCAAGAGCUCUCCAGGCCAACAACAUUCAACUAAUAUUUGCAGUCACAGAGAAGAUCUUUCCCUCCUAUCAGGCACUGAGUACAUUCAUUCCCCAGUCAGUGGUCGGUGUGCUAAAGGAUGACUCCAGUAAUGUGGUCCAGCUGAUCUCUGAAGCUUACAGGAACCUAUCCUCUACUCUAGUGUUGGAGCAUCAUAAUAAACCAGAAGGUCUGAACGUGUUGUACAGGUCGUACUGUAGAGGUGAUAAGAAACCCACUACUGAGUGGCAGCAGAGAGGAGAAUGCAGUGGCAUCAAGGACGAGAAGGUAAAGUUUGAAGUGCUCCUGAAUGCAUCCAAGUGUCUGAAAGAGCCUGAGACGUUCGAGUUUCGAAUGCAGGGCAUCACCGAGUUUUUAAAGGUCACUGUGGAGACCUUGUGUACCUGCGACUGUGGUGCUAAGGAGGAAAAUUCAACACACUGUGGAGGAAAUGGAACACUCAUUUGUGGAGCCUGCAGCUGUAAUAAAGGAUACCAGGGUCAGCAGUGUCAGUGCAAACUGGAGAAUACUGAUGACAUGCAAAACCUCUGUCGCAAAAACAUCAACAAUUCUGUGUGCAGCGGCCACGGAAUGUGCAUGUGUGGCAAGUGUCAUUGCAUCCGCCCGUUUAAUGGCAAUUACUGUCAAUGUAACGAUGCCAGCUGUUUGCGCCAUGACAACAAGAUCUGCAAUAACCAAGGAGACUGUGAAUGUGGCAGGUGCAUUUGCAAUAAGAAAUACACUGGCAAUGCAUGUGAAUGCCCAACAGACAUGAGUAUGUGUUCACCUAAGCAAAAGAUAUGGUGCAGUGGCCAGGGAACAUGUAAGUGCAAUCGAUGUGUGUGCAACGAAGGCUUCAUGGGAGAAGACUGCUCUCAGUUUGCUAAUCCAUGCAAAACAAAACUGUCCUGCAUGAAGUGCAAUUUUUCCAAAAAACCUUCUGAAACUUGUUCUACAGAGUGUGAGUCAGUUGUGCUAUCCAAGCUGGAGGGCCAGCAAACAUUUAAUUGUUCUUAUGAAGCCAUCACCUAUAAUAUAAAACUUUUGGAUAAUGGAAGCAUUUCGAUCGUGUACGGGGAUCUACCACAAACAAUCGAUAGGACCAAAGUAAUUAUUGGCACCUCUGUGUCAGCUAUCAUUCUGAUCGGCAUUGUCAUCAUCAUCAUCUACAGAAUUCUCCUGGAGGUCUAUUACCAGCGGGAAUACCACAGCUUCCUUAAGUCACAGGAGCAGAAUCAGUGGGGAGAUGGCAAUCCACUGUACAAAGGUGCCACAACCACAGUACUUAACCCUUUGCAUACACAAGAUGGUUAAAAUGGAUCUCAGAAUCAAAACUGGAGAGAAGAAUCUGGAGUAUAUUUAGUGUAUUAAACUUUGGAUGUUAGAAAUGUUUUACAUAUUGUUUAGUUUAGA